AUGUAAGAUUAAUAAUUAUUAAUCAAAGUCAUUUCAGUUGGAGAUACUUAAAGUGGUAAAUCAUGUUUGAUUAAACGAUUUUGUGAAGGCAGAUUCAUUAAUAAAUAUGUAACAACAAUAGGAGUAGACUAUGGUGUUAAAAAGAUGAUGAUUUAAAAUAAGAAGGUUGCUGUAUGAAGUUUUGAAUUCAUGUUAGAUAAAUUUCUUCGAUUUAUCAGGUGAUGAAGAUUAUAAAGAAAUCAGAAAUCCAUUCUUUGCUGAUGCUUAAGGAGUUGUUUUAGUUUGUGAUUUAACAGACAGAUAAUCUUUUCAAAAUUUACCUAAAUGGGAAAAGAUGAUGACUGAUAAUGGAUUAGAUUUAAAAUAAGCAGCUGUUUAUGUAGUAGGGAAUAAAUCUGAUUUAAAGAAUAAAGAAGUUGAUAGUGGGGAUAUUCUUGCUUAUGCAAAGAAGAAGGGAUUUGAAGGAAUGAUAUGUAGUGCUGCUGGAGGUGAGAAUGUGAAUGAAGUAAAUUCUAAUUAAAUUAUAGUUAUUUGAAAGAAUGUUUGCUAAAAUUGUAGAUUAGAUUGAAAAUCUUAAAUCAAGAAUCAAAGCUUGA